UUUCUCAAUGCAGUUUUGGCUAAAUUUGUGUUUUAUUAGUAGCAAUUCUCGUCCUCGUUUCUCAGUCUCGUCUACUGUUCCACAGAGCCGGAACUACAGGAAGUAAUCUACACGGACGGUUUUUACUGUAGCACGCCGGCAAAACCUGAAAACAUUUCCCACAUGCUUCUAGAAGAACAGAAACCUAACGGAGGACAGAGGCUGACGAGACUCUAGUUUGCGCAGUCAUACGUUAGUAAUUAAAAUGUCGGAGUCGUCGGGCAGAACAGAUGUGUCAGAGAGACCGAACUGGAUCCUUCAGCAUCCAGCGUACCAGCAAAUGAAGAGUCUUGAGGUUGGAGACUGCGCCCAAAUGCACGCAGCUUUUCUCGUGUACAUGGAUCUGGUGGAAGUGCGUCGGUGGAAAGAUGUGUCUUGUGUCAAGAGUCCUGAACUGCAGGUGGUUUUACUAGAGGGGAGGGAGAAGGAUACAGCACCCAUCCACACUAUUCUUCCUCUGCCAGUUGAUCGACCUUUGAGCCACAAAAGCAUUCGAUACGUCCUGGAUAGAGGCUUCCCCAUGUUGUUGUGCGCAGUCGCAUCCGACUCCACCCUUGUUUACCAGAGGAUGACCGAUGGAUUGGUGACCCCGGACCCUCCUGCUGGGCCUUUUGAGGACGCGGGGCGGCGCCAGCACAGAAAGAGACGGCAGCGGCCCUGAAAAAGCCGAGGCGGAGGGAACCUCAGGCGCUAUGUGUGGCUAGACCCAGCAGAUGUGCACACCUUUGCUUUGUGCAGAGAGGUUAGACAUCCCACUAAUUCACAAGGAAACUACUGCUGACAUCCUCUUCAACCUGAGGACCUUAUACUGAAAUGACCGUGUUCUAACAGGAAAGUAAACAGUGUGGUUCAAACUAAAGCAGCAGAAAAAUGAAGGAGCAGCCGGUAGUUUGAAAUAAGCUUCAGUCAAAGUGAUAACAUGGUUGAUUUAAUUUAUAAGUCGACUGAGUCACAGUUGUAAUAUGCUGUCGUAUAUCUGAAUGUCUGAAAGACUCUUCAACUACUGUUAAAAGGUUUCAAACAACA